AUGGUGAUUUAUAUCCCGAAGUUUCUGCCCUUUGUGACAAAUGGAAACGAAAUUAAACUGUGCAUUCACUACUUCGAUUUGGAAAUAUUCAGUCUGCUUGAGGAUGCUGACGAUGUUCUUGUUGAAUGUACAAGAGUGUGUCGAAGAAAUACGAAGUUCUUUUUCAGCGGAGCGAUUUUCUGUUGGAUUAGUUUGUUGAUUAAGCCGUUCAUUUGGGGUGGUAGUUACCGGUUACCAGUCGAAGUGUGGCUUCCGUUUUCAGUGGAAAAUCAGCCUGUGUUGUAUGUUUGGAUCGGUUACUCGGGAAUUGCUUGUGGAACUGUUGAUCCGUUAAUCUGGGGAUUGGCUUGUAAUACCACUGCUCAGUUACAAAUUUUGAAAUACAAUCUUCGCCACUUGGAUUAUGAUGAAGAUCGGGAGAUUAAUUUAUGUCCUAAAGUGACCAUAAUUCAGAAACUGAAACUUUGUAUUCGUUAUCAUCAGGCAAUAGCCAGUUUUGUGGGUCAGUAUGAAGAUUGCUUCUCCCAAGUCAUCUUUAGCCAAUUAUCUGGAAGCAUCAUCAUGAUCGGAUUCACUUUCCAGCGUAAAUUCCGUAACUAUGAUACUUUAUGUAUCUGUGAUUUUGUUUCAAAUUUACUGCUUCUGUUACUACGGUACAACGCUAAUAAUUCCUUGCCGGUUUCUAUAUAUAUGGGACGAUGGUACAAUUAUGACCAUGCAACCAAGAAGGCUCUGAUACUGUUCAUGGAACGGUCCAAACGACCAAUGGUGGUGACAGUUGGAAGGCUGCUUGGGCUAACUUUGGAUACUUUUACUCUGAUCAUCAAACGGUCCUACUCUUUCCUUGCUUUGCUUAAAACAUACGAAUAA